UUACCCACCUAAAACAAAUGGCCGAAAUGCAUUUGAUCAGCCUCCCCGUUAGUUUCUCUGCUAUCCAAACCUGGAAGCGAUGGGGGCUGCCUCUGUCUUGGGCAGGAUGGGUGGAUUCUGUGCUGGUCCUUUAGCCAGGAUGCCAAACUGGCCGGCUGGAGCUGCUUUUGGGGGAACCAAACACAAAGGGCAUCCAAAGAGAGGCCUUGAAUUAGAGACCGUGGGGAGAAAUGGACGAUGGCACACGUGGGCCUUUGGUCCCCCAUCUCUCUGGCCAGAGAAAUUGGGUCCAGGGGGCAACAGAAACGUGGGGUCCCAUCGGAGACUUCAUAUUCUCCGUUCUUUGUCAGCUUGACAAAGUUGGCCUGAAAGUUCAGUCGUCUGUCCUUCUAGGCCACUGACAAAGAGCUGGUUACGAUCAUUAGAAUCGCGGCUGAUGAGUUUCACAUUGUCAUUGUCUAAAGAUGCUUAUAAUUAUGGUCAAGUUAUAUUAUGAUUUGACUACAUUUGCUUUGAAAAGAAAAUUGCUCAAUUUCUGAAAUAAAAUACAGCUGGUUCUUCGUGUGUGUGUUUUAAAAAAUUAAAACUUUAAAAAAAAUCAAACACAGAAGAACAUCACUGCUAUUGCCAAAGCAAGGGGAAGGGACAGAGCAUGCUGUUCAGGAAAAGAUCUUAUGCAAUCUAUCCCCCCCCCCUCCCCCCCCCUCCCUCUGGUGGCUCUGUUUAUAGCCUGGAUUUGUUUUUUGGCCUCUGUGAGGUGGACUUGAGCCAGAGCACAGCCUGUUUUUCUCUCCUCUUCUUCUCCUUCCUUUUGCAGGCUACGUUUUCCAAGCACUCUGCAAAACUGCUCUACAAGAUUAAAGGCAGACAAUUAAAGAGGCAACCGAGUUUCCUGUUCAGCCUGGAUCUUUCUGAGGAAAUUGGCGUGUUAAUUACUUUGGGCUCCAUAGCUGGAAAGAGCCAUCCAAACGAUGGUCAGGUAUUUGAAAGAAGCAGAUGAGUUAACGUUUUUUUCAUCUUAGGUGCUAAAAUGAAUGAGUUAAAUUUAAUACUUCUUUUGAUAUUUUAUUACGUACUUCUGGGCCACUGAUUUUAGUGGUCAAGAAACAACCGGAAAGAAUUACACUGAUGUAGGAUGAAGUGGAAAGAUAGUAUCUGAGGGCUGUCUCUGGUGGACAACCUUUUUCUUCUAAAUGUUUGGAGACACAGUGUGAUUGUGAUCUGCAGAAGUCUGUCCUUAACUAGGAAAUGUUGGGAGGAAGUAAUUUGCUGUAAUAUGCUAAACAACAACUCUAAGCCAUAAAGCACACCGCAGCUUCAGCAAUUGCCUGUUGCAUUAACCCAGUUGCUAGAUUUGUGAAGUUGAGACCUUCUUCCACGUUCUUUGGAUUGAUCUCCAUCAGAAAAGAGGCAGAGCAGUGGGGAGGAAGGGGCUGCAAGAGCAGCCCCACCAACUCCCUUUCCCCUUUCUGCCCUCUCUUCUCAUCCUAGGGGAAAGGGAGGCGAUCCAAGAGCCUGAGAGUUCAGCCUAUUUAGAAGUCUCCCAUCACUUUUCUUCUGAAACGUUAUUAAAAGGGCUGGACUCUUAAUAAUAGUAAGAAUAAUGCUAAUAAUACCUCCAUGAUUCCUAGUUAGAACCAAAUCACUGGAUAACAAAGCCUCUGCUAUCUCCUGGAUGAAUAUUGUAGAUGAUGACAAUGAUGACAGACUUUUUCCUGUCCUUGGCAGCCAGUCGCAAGAGAUGAAACCACUGGAGGAAAAGAUCUCCUUGAACAUUGGGGGUCUCCGGUAUGAGACCUAUGUCAGCACCCUCCAGGCUUUCCCUGGCACCAAGCUAUGCCACCUGACAGAGCCCCAGGCAGCCGCCACCUUCGACUACGAUCCGGACACCAAGGAGUUCUUCUUUGACAGAAGUUCCUGCCUCUUUGAGGAGGUGCUCAACUACUACAGAACCAAACAGCUCCAUUGCCCUGACCUGACCUGCAAGUCAGCCCUGGACGAGGAGCUGGCCUUCUGGGGGCUCAGCAACGCACCCCUGGCACCCUGCUGCUGGCAGAAAUUGGCCGUCGCUGAGGGGCAAAAGGAAGAGUACGGCAUCUGGGAGGAAGACCAAGCAGUCGCUGGGCUCCUGGACCAACCGGGAAGGAACCAGAGCACCUGGAGGGGCCGAUGCCGGACCAGAAUCUGGGCCAUGUUUGAGAAGCCCUUCUCCAGUUUAAGCGCAAAGGGCUUGGCUACUGUGUGUCUGCUCUUCAAUAUAGGGAUAUGCUGUCUUUUUAUUGCCAAAGCUUUUGAAGACACCAAUUUUUUUCCUAUUUACAUUCUGGAAAACCAGAUCACUUCCGUCCUUCACACUGAAGCUGACAAUCCCUUUUAUGCAAAGCCGCAUUACCUCCUUCACUCGGAACUUUUCUGCGUCCUCUGGUUCAUGCUUGAAUUUUUUUUGCGACUCCUUUCCUGCCCAAAUAAGAAGGAAUUUCUCCAAAGUCCACUGAAUGUAGCUGACUUUCUCUCCCUCUUCCCCGUUUACAUUGAGCUUUCCUUGCUUGGGCAUCCCACAAGCCAUUCAAAUUUUGUAUUCUGGCUGGACUUCUUGCGUGCUUUGUACUUCUUCAAACUCUUGAAGGUCCUCAAGCUGGUGGAGACUCCUUUGAUGCUAAGAGUGCUCUCUUAUACCUCCAGGGCCCUCAUCAAAGAGGUCUUUCUCCUCCUGCUGGUUCUACUCUUCGAAAUCCUUUUCUUUGGUUCUCUCUGUUAUUUUGUAGACAUAAUUGAAGAUAACACAGAUACACAUUUUCUUGACAUAGGCUCAGCUUUCUGGUGGGCGGUAGUCACCUUGACUACAGUAGGUUAUGGAGACAUUGUACCCACCUCUCUAGUUAGUAAACUGAUUGGAGCCUGCACAGCACUAUGUGGUGUCCUGACCAUUAUCAUCCCAAUCCCCUUCUUCUGUAUCAAAUUCCAAGGCUAUUACGAUGCGGUCAUGAUCGAAGAGAAGAGAAAGAGACAAAUGAUCACCUUGCCGUCAUGAUGGGUGGGUGGGAUGCUGCCAGCGUUUCAUCAGGAAAAGACGUCUACUUCCAAACUGCUUCUGCUCGUUCAGCCCGCCACAUGUGUCUUCCCGUAUGAAAGGUUAAUGCUUUCAUAAAGCCACUCUCGGUCUACUCCUGGAACUUCUCCGCAAUGGACAUGAUCAUCCCCACAAAAGUCUUAUUUUCAAAAGGUUUCAAAAUAAUUUUGUAAAAGUUCUUGCUUCCAACUUAGCUGGCAAAUAGCAGCCUUUUUCCUACUAUGGACACAAGCUUAUUAAUUUGGAGUCUAUCAGAAAUUUUGAUCAUGGCGCCUUCCUUUCCAGCAAGCAUCCUUACUGGCUGAGGAUAAAAGGAAGGUGAGGUCAUAUGGCAGACACCGGUAGGGAAGGCUGGCCUGAGUUUGAUCACAACUUUUAGAGGAAUAUAGCAAUAGCAAUAGCAUUUAGACUUAUAUACCGCUUCAUAGCACUUCACACUCCUCUCUAAGCGGUAUACAGAGUCAGCAUUUCUGGACUUCCAGUAGGCCUGUUUUUCGCCCUCUGGAGGCUCCAGAGGUUUUCCAGUAGGCCCCAGGAGGGCGAAAAUAGCCCAUUUCUGGACUUCCUGUAGGCCCGUUUUUUGCCCUCCGAGAGCCUCUACACAAGCCCUGUACUUACCUGGCAUCCAAAAUGGGCCGUGUGGAGACUCCUGGGAGGGGAGGGGUGGCUUGGGCAUGCACGCACAUCUCCGCAUGCGCCGGAGAGACCCGAAAAUCAGCUGGCCAGCGGGAGGCAUGCUUGCAUGCAUGGUGGAGCUGAUAUAGGGCGAUGGUUUGCAUGCCCACAGAAAUGGCGCCAUGUGUCAGCUCUGGCACGUGUGCCAUAGGUUCGCCAUCACGACAAUAGGGCAUAUAUUGUAUGUCUGUGAGUUUUAAAUAUUUCAUUAUUGGCUAUUUUGGAUUCCUCCUCAUGCAUUGGUAUAUUUACCAGGCUCUUCAUACACCUGUCAUACAACUUGAUUUUUCUUUGCCUGUUUUUUUGCAAAUUAGAAGCCCAUCAAUAAACUUUCUCCUGCCCAUCUAGUAGUUCAAAAGCAUGCAAAUGCGAUUAGCACUUUGAUGGGAAGGUAACAUCAUUCCAUGUGCCUCGGCCUACAAUCAUGCUGACCACAUGACCACAGAGGUGCCUUCAGACAACACUGGCUCCCUCAGCUAAGAAAUGGAGACAAACAGCGCCCACUAAAGUCAGACAACUGGACAGGGAAAUCCUUGACCUUUUUUUUUACACUAACCUUUGAAGCAGUUGUAUCUUCUUUCAAGAAAACCUUAUCCCUUAUACUAAUAACGUUUUUGAAAAUGUUUUCAAAACUCUGGAAAUCUCUGUGAAUCUCUUUGGAAGACAUUUUUGCAGAGAAUUUCAUCAGGACACCAAGAACUGUCCCUGCAGUGGUAGUGGACAGUACAUCAGGGUGUCCGCAGGAAGGCAAAAAAAGUCAAGAUAUUGUCCACAAUCUGGAGAUCAUGAUGAGACAUAAAAAGGACGGGGCUUUAAUGACGUGCUUCUAGCUGCUAUCUUGACUUUUUUACACCCCACAAAUGCGGACAAACAUGCAGUAUAUUAUAAUACAAAUUAUAAUAUAAUAGAAUUAUAAUAGAAUUAUACUUUAACAAUGGAAACAUUGCAAACUCUGUAGAACGUAUCACUGACAAUGUCCAAUUAAAUAGUCUUUUAAGAAUAUUUGUAUGAAGGAAUUGGAAUAAUUGUUCUGCAACCUUGGCUAGUCUACUGACCAUUUACUGACUUAAGGUGUAUUCAAAAAUAUAUUAAUCAAUUCUUAUAGUUUCAUUCCACAUUUUCUAUGUAAUCAAUUUUAGUUUUUAGAUUUUGUAAUGUAUCUCUCUAAUUAAAAAAAGAUGCAAGCAGAAA